AUGAUCCUUGAGCCACUUCAGCGCGUUGAACAAAUAGCCAUUGAACCCAUUGACGGACAUACUGGUGCGUUCAUGGCUGUCGCGAUUUCGCGAGACAGUGCCCAAGUCUGCUCUGGAUCCGACGACGAGACCGUCUGCAUCUGGGAUAUAGGCAGCGGAAAGCGAAUUACAGGUUCACUAAAAGGGAGUAGUGGUGCAAUUAAUGUUUCCUGUGAUGGCAAGUCGCUUGUUUUGGCUCUCGAGGACGGAACAAUGCGCAUCUGGGACACAGAUAACUGGCAGACCCUCUCGCUGUUCAGGAACACUCGCGUUGUCAGGUCGUUCACGUUCUCGCCCGAUAGCUCUCGCUUUGUCUCUGGCUCUCUAGAUGAAAACAUGCGGAUAUGGGAGGUACCAGGUGCAACCAUCAAGCAAGCGAAAGGCGGUGACUCGACAGGCUACGGUCGCUGGGUUACACCAGUAUCGUUUUCGCACUGCGGCUCGUAUAUCGUAUCCAAAUCCCACGACAUGACAGUUCACACGUGGAAUAUUCAAGCCGGACAGCCAACAUAUACUGCACUCAUGGAACAAAAAGAGCAGAUACUCUCAGUUGGGUUCUCCCCUGACAGCAGUCACAUCUACCCAGUAUCAAGAGAUAGAAUGGUUUAUGUAUGGCAACGGCAAAGCAGGAAGCUGGAGUAUACAAUUGCCGUAUUUAUGCUUGAGGACAAACGCGUGGUCUGCGGCUCGAAAUCGGGCCGAACAUACGUAUGGGACAACGACAAGAAGACUCACAAGUUGACCGGCCACGACAAAGCAGUAUACUCGACCGCAGUCUCGCCCGACUGUCAGACCUUUGCGUCUGGUGACAACGGCUGGCGGUUAAUGAUGUGGGAUGCUAGUACUGGGAAACAACAAUAUAGCGUGAUAAGAUCUUGA